AAUAUAUAUUAUCUAUCACUCAAUUAGUUUCUGAAUACAUAACCACAGAACACCUGUGUGUUCUGUGACAUAACCUUCUUUUUUUUUCAUUUUGGGUUAGUCAUAUAUUUUCUCGCACUUAUUCAUUGCAAUAUUAUUGUGACUUUAUAUGUUUACGUGUUUGAUGAAGUUCGCAAAUCGAUUUCGAAGUUACAUUUUACUUUGCAUAACUUAAGUGAUAGUUUUACUUGACAUAACUAAGUAAGAUCACCAUCAUGGCAAGAAAGUAUUCAGCAAAUUUUUAUAAGAAAGUGAAAAUCCAGACGGACAUGAGCCUGAGUUAUCCGAAUAUUCCACCCUCUGCUUCUUUUUCUUCGAUAGUUGAGAAUGAGAUCAGGAAUGAAGAUGAUGUUGAAAUGCACAUGCCGGAAUUGCAAAACCCAGUGCAUGAGUUGAAUGAGAUGGAAAAUAUUGAGUUAAUUAAGGAAGGAAAAGGUGGACACAUUUCUGAAUAUUCAUUCCCAAUAUUAGAUUCUCUUCAAACAAAAACUAGCCAUAUUGAUAACAAGAAAGUUGAUAAAGAGGAAGAUAUUAAGUCUAAGUUGAAAUUGUGGUCAAUUAAAUAUAAUAUAAGUCACGUUGCUCUAAGUGAUUUAUUGAAGAUAUUAAAAAGUUCAAAAGCCCAGUUAGAUGAACUUCCGAAUGAUGCUCGUACUAUUUUAUCAACAAAGCGAACCAUUGAUGUAAGAAAUAUUGAUCCAGGCUCUUAUUGCCACGUUGGUAUUACUGAGGCUGUGACUUAUCUCUGUACGAAAAAAUGUUAUGAUAAAAUAGAAUUGCUCAUUAAUAUUGAUGGGUUACCUCUCAGCAAAAGCUCUGGCAGUCAAAUAUACCCAAUUCUUUGUUCUCUAUAUGAUGAUCCAAGAGAAGUUGCAGUUAUUGGUGUAUACCAUGGUUAUGAGAAACCUUCGAAUGCUAAUGAUUUUCUGGGAGAAUUUGUCCAAGAUGCAGUGGAACUAUCUAAUAAUGGCAUUAAAGUGAAUGGUGCUUGCAUUCCCUUCAAAAUUAAAGCGUUCAUUGCUGAUGCUCCAGCCAAAUCGUUUAUUUCCUAUACCAAGGGUCACACAGGAUUUUUUUCGUGCACCAAAUGUGUGCAAAAAGGAGAAUUCAUUAGAAAUCGUACAUGUUUCCCCAAGAUAAAUUCUAAAAAAAGAAACUUGGAGUGA